AGACCAGCCACGCUAAUGUCUUGGUUACCAUCCUCUACGGGUCACAACGUCAAACCUCUGGACAUUGAACUCCAAAAUGGAUCAGGGAUCGGCAGCAGUUUGGGUGACAGAUCGCCCCACCAACGCAUCGCUUUUUCUCUGCGCAGGUUUAUGGUCGCUCUCAUCUUGUGCGCUGGAUUCGGGGCUAUUGGAACAUUCAGUUCCAUGAUCGUUGGGCAUAGUAUUCUUCAACCCUACUUGAGUGGGUUCGAUGUCUCCAUACAUUCCACCGCCAAAGUCGGUGCAGUGGGAGGGGCCAUCGUCAAUGGGUUGCUGCUCCCUAUCAUGAUAUCAUUUGCUGCAUCCCAGCAAGCGGUGACAUCCCUGAUAUGUUUAGCUCUCGUUACAGCCGGUCUCCCCACGACGGUAGCUUCUAGCUGCGUAGGCGUGGUCAUCCUUUGUCAUAUUCCAGGUGGAACACUAGAUAUUCCCAAUGCAGUGUGCGCAGCUGCUGUGGGAUAUUCUGUCCUCACUUCUCCGAUUUUGCUAGUCACCAUUUAUUCCGUAAUCCAGGGAAGCAGGUAAUGUUGUACUUCUGCCGGUGUACAUAUGACAUCGGCCCUCAACCAACGAGCUCGAUUAUGAGUCUCAUCCUGAGCUGCGGCUGU